UCCAACCCAGCUUUUGGAUGGCUAUGGCUAUUCUUCUCUCUCUCCAUGAUUCCCCCAUGAAGGAUUUGUAAUCAAAUUAUUUACAGGCCCCUUAUAUAUAUACAUACAUACAUAUAAGAGUUUAGAGAGAGAGAGUGAUGGAGGGCCAAGGCGGCGGAGACGACGGUGGGUGUUGCUCCGGGAAGAGAAAGAAGGAGAGACCCUACAAAGGAAUUCGGAUGCGGAAGUGGGGGAAAUGGGUCGCGGAAAUCCGGGAGCCAAACAAGCGGUCGAGGAUAUGGUUAGGCUCUUACUCGACGCCGCUCGCGGCGGCGAGGGCCUACGACACCGCCGUCUACUACCUCCGCGGCCCGUCGGCCCGGCUCAAUUUCCCCGAGCUGUUGGCCGGCGACGCCGCCGGGGGGCUUAACGACUUAUCGGCGGAUUCGAUCCGUAAGAAGGCAAUCGAAGUGGGUGCCAGCGUUGACGCAACUCAGACCUCCCUGCGUGGCGGCGCCGUCCAGGAACAACCGCCGCCGCCGCCGCCGCCGCCACCGUUGACGGCUUGCCGGCUUCAGGCGAAGCUCGACUUGAACGAAAAGCCCGAGCCCGAAGACCCGAAUCUUGAUUACUUCUGAGCUUCACAAAAGACAAAAUCUCUCGUUUCGGGGGUCCCACAUCUCAGCCCGACAAGAUAGUGGAGAGCUCAUCUUCUUCCUCCUCUUAAUAAGUUUUGUUUUCCUUGUUUGAGUUUUAGGUUGGAAAAAAAAAACAUUUUUGUUGCCUCAAAAUUGUAGUAAAAUGAAUAUAAUGAAUGUGAAUAUGUUAUAUCUCUCUUUCUCUCCAA